AUGAACCAACAUAUGUGGCAAAUUACCAACUGGGCUCCAGCCCACACGUGCUACUCAACGGUAGUGCGAAACAACAACAGGUGCCUGAGAUCAAAAGAUAUUGGUUCACACAUCCUAGCACAAAUUUGUGCCGACAUUGGAUUCAAGGUAAAACAUAUUAGGGUCCACAUCAAGCAAACGCUUUCCGUGGACAUUACGUGUACAAAGGCGUGGCGUGGUAGAAGAAAGGCCAUCGAGAAAAUAUAUGGCAGUUGGGAUAGCAAUUUUGCCGAGGUUCCCAAGUACAUUCUACGGCUACAGUCUCAGAACCCCGGUACCGUUGUCACAUGGUUUCAUCAUCCUAAUUCUAAUCCAGAUUAUCCGACAUUCAAAUAUGUUUUCUGGGCAUUCGGGCCUUAUAUUAGUGCCUUUCAUCUUUGCCAACCAGUAAUCUCAGUUGAUGGCACACAUUUGAAAGGGCCAUACCGAGGAAAGUUGUUGAUUGUUGUUACCAAAAACGCAAACAACUACAUAAUGCCCAUUGCUUAUGCUCUUGUUGAUGAAGCGACUGUUCAUAGUUGGUGUUGGUUUUUCCAAAAUCUGAAACAGUAUGUCGUCCAGACCAGAAAAAUAUGUGUUAUAUCCGACCGUCAUGCUGGAAUCAUUCAUGCAAUGGAAAACCUCGAAGAUUGGAUGGAACAAAGGGCCUACCACCGUUAUUGUCUUCGUCAUGUGAGAAGCAAUUUUAUUAGCAGAUUCUCGAUGAAAUACCUAAGGAAGUUGUGCUGGAUGAUUGGGAGCACAGCCCAAUCACAAAAGUAA